AAACGUUCGCGGCGCACACAGCCAGUGUAAAAUGCGUGAGCAUCGGGCGGAAGACGGGCGAAAGGGUGAUUACGGGCGGCGACGACAAGAAGCUGCUCCUCUGGUCCACCCACGACCGCGAACCGCUGCUCAAGCUGAGUGGCAAUACCAGCGCCGUGGAGAGCACGCUGCUGAGCAGAUCAGAGGACCAGGCGAUCUCGGGCGUGUUCAGUGGAUCUGUGAAGCUGUGGGACCUCAACGAGGGCAAAGCCGUGCGCACCCUGACGGGCCACAGGGGGUCGGCCCUCUCGCUGGACUUCCACCCCUUUGAACCGUUCUUCGCGUCGGGUUCCCAGGAUUCGACUGCCCGCGUGUGGGACCCCAGGCAGAAGGAGGCGGUGCAUACUCUGAAGAACCAUGGCAAGGGUGUGGCGUGUGUGCGGUUCAGCCCUGAUGGGCAGUGGCUGAUGACAGGCGGGCAGGACUCGGUGAUCAAGCUGUGGGACGUGCAGGCAGGCAAGGUGCUGCACGAGUUCAAGCACCACCACGACGCCGUCACCUGCCUCACCUUCCACCCACACGAGCUGCUGCUUGCUAGCUGCUCCAGUGACCGCACAUGUAAGUUCUGGGACCUGGAGACGUUCGAGCUGGUGGGGUCUACAGGCACAGAGGCCAAUGGCAUGCGAUCGCUAGCCUUCACUCCUGAUGGCCAAGCGCUGCUAGCGCCCUCUGCUGACUCGCUCAAGGUGGGUUCCGUGUUGCUUGCUACUGCCAUCUACCUUGCCUCUCCUCCUGAAGGCCAAUGGCAUGCGAUUGCUAACCUUCACUCCUGA